AUGCAUCAACCACAAGGUUUUGUUGAUUCCGCUCAUCCUGAUUAUGUUUGUCGCUUCCGUAGGUCUCUUUAUGGCCUUAAACAGGCCCCUCGAGCAUGGUUUAAGCGGUUUGCACAAUUUAUUAUUGGUUGCGGUUUUCGUGGAAGUGUUUGUGAUCCGUCACUUUUUGUCUAUCACUCUGGUUCGGACACUGCAUACUUAUUACUAUAUGUGGAUGAUAUUGUCUUAACCGCUUCUACUGAUGCACUUCUAGACCGUUUCAUUGGGUUGAUGAAACGUAAAUUUGCUAUGACUGAUCUUGGCGCGUUACAUCAAUUUCUGGGUAUUACUGUGACUCGCUCAGAUUCAGGAUUAUUUCUAUCACAGUCCUCAUAUGCACAAGAUAUUGUUGCUCGUGCAUCGAUGACGAACUGCAACCCAGUCACUACUCUUGUUGAUACACAACCGAAGCUCAGUACUACAUCUGGCCCUCCACUCGAGGAUCCGACUUUAUACAGAAGUCUGGCCGGGUCUCUUCAAUACCUGACCUUCACCCGCCCUGAUAUUUCAUAUGUCGUGCAGCAGGUUUGUUUAUUUAUGCAUGAUCCCAGGGAGGCACACAUGCAAUCUAUUAAGCGCAUUCUCAGGUAUCUUCAAGGCACUCUUGAUCACUGCUUAUUUCUCUCUGCUUCCCCUAUCACGGGCUUGACUGCAUACUCUGAUACUGACUGGGCGGGUUGCAUGGAUUCUCAUCGGUCGACAUCUGGCUACUGCAUCUUUCUUGGAGACAACCUGAUUUCUUGGUCAUCCAAACGACAAGCUACUGUAUCUCGUUCCAAUGCGGAAGCCGAAUACCGAGGAGUUUACAAUGCCGUUGCUGAGACCACUUGGUUACGCAAUUUACUUCUCGAGCUUCACAUCCCUCUACGCCGUGCCACAGUUGUCUACUGCGAUAACAUUAGUGCAAUUUACAUGUCAGGGGAUCCUGUCCAGCACCAACGCACUAAACAUGUGGAGAUUAAUAUUCAUUUUGUACGAGAGCGUGUACGUGUCUGUGAGAUUCAUGUUUUGCACGUUCCUUCUGACAGUCAAUACGCAGAAAUCUUCACCAAUGGCCUUCCACGGGUAUUGUUUGUUCGUUUUCGUUCUAGUCUUAACGUGUGCACCUCUCCCGUUACGACUAAGGGGGUGUAA